AUCUGUACACCCCCUAUUUAAACGUCCAUGCAGUGUCAACAGAGCUGUGUGUUAGUGGACAGGAAUAGAAAGAAGCAAGGACUUCAGCUUCAGACCGGCGUCUUUCAGGAUGAACACCGAACCUGUUGUUAUCGUUUCUGCCGCUCGGACUCCAAUAGGCUGCCUGAGUGGCGCUCUGUCCACCCUGACUCUGAGUGACCUGUGCUCGCCAGUGAUAAAGGAUGUUCUAAAGCGGGCUGAGGUGAAACCAAAUGAGGUCUCUGAGGUUAUCAUUGGACAUGUCCUCACAGCAGGUCAAGGGCAGAACCCAGCCCGUCAGGCCAGUGUUGCAGCUGGUAUCCCAUACUCUGUCCCUGCCUGGAGCUGUCAGAUGGUGUGUGGUUCUGGGCUCAAAGCUGUGUGUCUGGGAGCUCAGUCCAUCCAGGCUGGAGAGUCCUCUGUGGUAGUAGCAGGGGGUAUGGAGAGCAUGAGCAGGGCUCCUCACACUCUGCAAAUGAGAGCAGGAGUGAAGAUGGGCGACGUUUCACUGCAGGACUCUAUGGUUGCCGAUGGCUUGACGGAUGCCUUCCACAGCUACCACAUGGGAAUCACAGCUGAAAAUGUUGCAAAGCAGUGGGCAAUCAGCCGAGAGCAGCAGGACGUUUUUGCUGUCAGUUCUCAAAACAAAACGGAGGCUGCGCAGAAGGCGGGACAUUUUGAUCAGGAGAUUGUCCCCAUCACAGUGCCAUCCAGAAAGGGUCCCGUUGAGGUGAAAACGGACGAGUUCCCUCGACAUGGAAGCAACAUUGCCAGCAUGUCCAAACUCAGGCCAUGCUUCGUUAAGGACAGCAGUGGCACCGUCACAGCUGGAAACGCUUCAGGAAUAAAUGACGGAGCUGCAGCUACUGUUUUGAUGAGCCAAUCAGAGGCUGCGAGGCGGGGAGUAAAACCCAUGGCUAAAAUUGUCUCGUGGGCUCAGGUAGGCCUUGACCCGUCUGUCAUGGGCACCGGGCCAAUACCAGCUAUCAGGAAAGCGGUGGAGAAAGCAGGCUGGCAGCUGGAUCAGGUUGAUUUAUAUGAAAUCAAUGAAGCUUUUGCUGCACAGUCCCUUGCUGUGAUUAAGGAGCUCGGCUUAAAGGAGGACAAGGUGAAUGUGAGCGGUGGGGCUAUUUCUUUGGGCCAUCCUAUUGGCAUGUCUGGUUGCCGAGUCCUGGUGACUUUACUACAUGCUUUAAACAGGACUGGAGGCAGGAAGGGUGUGGCCUCACUUUGCAUUGGAGGAGGGAUGGGUGUUGCCAUGUGUGUGGAAAGGGUUUGAAACAUCAACCUAAUUAAUCUUAAUUGCACUUGAUUUAAGUUUGCUAACAAUUAAGGGAUAAUGAAAUGUUUACACUGUUAAGUAAAAUCUAAAAAUGCCAGAGUAACCUCCCUAAAAGCUAUCAUCACUGUGAAUAUUAAUUUCUGUCUUAACUAGCAAGUACAUCAUUAAUCCAUUAUGCAGGCAAAAAGUGCUAAAUUAUCUUUAGGCAACAGAAAACAUUAUGUUUAGCUUUCAAAACAAAGCUGUCUUGCAUUGAUGUUUAAAAUGUUAAAGUUUUGUUUUAAGCAUUUAUUAGCAAGGUUUACAUUCCAAUAUGUACUUGUGUGAUGAAAACAUCUUGCAGGGAAAAUUAAAUCAUAAGAGCCAUAUUUAACCACAUUCUUUAAUCUAGUGCUUUCCUGAAAAUGUUUAAGCUUUACUGUAAUUGCAGCUAAUAAUGAAUAAACACUCAUUUACAACCA